GCCGAGCGACGCCCCGCCCUGCCUUUCGUCCGCUAUAAAACCUCGCGCCUUUCCUCGCGAGAGACGCCUAGCUCAUGCUCGCUGCAGGGGUCGGAGGUCAGGGCGAGCGUCUCCCGGGCCGAAGGCGGAAGAUGGCGGUGGAAUCGCGCGUUACCCAGGAGGAAAUUAAGAAGGAGCCGGAGAAGCCGAUCGACCGCGAGAAGACCUGCCCGCUCCUGCUGCGGGUCUUCACCACCAACAACGGCCGCCACCACCGAAUGGACGAGUUCUCCCGCGGGAACGUGCCUUCGAGCGAGCUGCAGAUCUACACCUGGAUGGAUGCAACCUUGAAAGAACUGACUAGUUUAGUAAAGGAAGUCUACCCAGAAGCCAGAAAGAAGGGCACACACUUCAAUUUUGCAAUUGUUUUUAUGGAUCUUAAAAGACCUGGAUAUCGAGUUAAGGAGAUUGGCAGCACCAUGUCUGGCCGGAAGGGCACUGAUGACUCCAUGACCCUGCAGUCACAGAAGUUCCAAAUAGGGGAUUAUCUGGACAUAGCCAUCACGCCUCCAAAUCGGGCACCUCCUUCGUCAGGGAGGAUGAGACCAUACUGAAUUUUAUUGACUUUCUUGAAGUUAUUUUUCAGCCAGUUUGUAAAAUAAACUUACUUAAUCCUUUCUUUCCCCGGA